AUGUUCUCACGUCUUAUUGCCCCAUUACGGACCACAACGUCCACACUUGUGGGAGUUGGCCACAGUGUGUUAUUUCUCUCUUAUCGACACGCAAGCCGUGAGGGAAAAAGAAAACAACAAAUAAAAGAAAAAGUCCAAUCGAAAGAAUCCAAACAUCGUUUGUCAACCGUAAAAAGUAAAGAUUCAUUUUGUACGGUUGAACCAUCCAUUUCAUCACCAGUCAUGCAGCCGCCGGUACCAAACACAAUCAACGAGAAACAACAACAAGAAGAAAUGAAAAUAAUGAAGAAUAAGAAGGAAAGACCUGAAAAAACAACAGCAGCGGUCCAUCAUGAUGAGAAGAAGAAAAAGAACAACAAAAAGAAUACGAACCCAAACACCAGUGGAAAGGGAAGUCAGGAGAAGAAUACGAAUAAGAAGAUGAUGAUGAUAAAGAAGGAAGUAGAAGUGGAGUCAUCCGUAAAGAAAAAGAAAGAAAAUAAGAAUGGGAUGGCAAUGGAGAAGGAAAAGAAGAAUAAGAAGAAGGAAAAAGAAGGGACACAACAACAGGAGCCAGUAUCAUUGGUAAGAGAAGAACACAUGGAGAGAGAAAAGAUAAAGUUAACACCUUCCAAUGAUCUCCUACAGAAGAAUGAGGAGAAUGAGAAUGAGAAUGAGGAGGAUGAUGGUAUUGUAGAUGAGGAAAGUCAACAAUUCAUGAAAUUACUGCAGGAUGAGGCUCAAAAACGUCAGAAACAACAACGACGUGUAUCUGAAGUGAGAGAAGAAAGUGGAGAGACAAGUGAAACGGCAUAUCUUGCGCAAUUAGAAGGUACUGCAAAUCCAUCAAGAAAAGAAAAAGAAAAGGAUAUGAAGCCUCAUACUACUACUAAUAAUAAUAAUAAUAGUAAUAGUAAUAAUAGUAAUAAUAGUAGUAAAGAAGAUGUGGAGGAGGAGGAUGGAGAGGAGUCUCUCAGUGCGGCGCAGCGCCGGGCGGUCACAUUAGCGCGGGCCGGCCACAAUCUCUUCAUUACGGGCGGGGCGGGCACCGGCAAGUCGCGUCUCAUUCGUGCGAUUGUGCGGGAGUUGCGGGAAAACACCCGUCGAGUGGUGUUCGUCACGGCGACCACCGGCGUUGCGGCGCUGCAUGUGCGUGGAUCCACUAUAAAUAGUUUUGCCGGUGUGCGCUUUGGGGAUCAGGCGGCGCGGGAGUUACUGCAGUGGGUGCGGCGGAAUAGAAGAGCCGCGGGGCGUUGGCGGUACUGCGAGACGUUAAUUAUUGAUGAGAUCUCCAUGAUGGAUCCCGCCCUGUUGGGCAAAUUAGAUGUGAUUGCCCGAUCCAUUCGCCGUGGCCGCAGUGCGGAGGUGUUUGGUGGGAUUCAAGUGAUUCUCUGUGGGGAUUUCAUGCAACUCCCACCUAUUCCCUCACGCCGUAGACAUAAUGGGGAUCAGCGGAAUGAAAAUAAAGAAGAAGGAAACGAAGAUGAUGAUAAAGGAGAAGAAGAAGAAGGAGAAAAAGGAGAGAAAAAGUUACGGUAUUGUUUUGAGAGUGAGACUUGGAAAGCAUUAAAUCUCACACCAGUGGUAUUACACGAUAAGUUUAGACAAAAUCAAGAUAUUUCUUUUCAACGGGUGUUGGAUGAUGUACGCCUCGGUGUACUCUCAAGAGAGAGUUAUGAGAUGUUACUAUCCCGUACCUUUACACCCACGACGGGUGUAAAGUCUAGAAGGGAUCGUUUAAUAUCUAUCACAGAUAAUAAUAAUAAUAAUAAUAGUGUGAGUGAUGAUAUGAUAAUGGAUGGAAAAUCAAAUGUAGAGAAGGAAAAGGAUCAACAUGUACGUUUGUGUGCCACUAACAAGGAAGUGGAGGCCCGUAAUGCGAAACACUUUAUUGCGUUAGAACCAAAAGGUUUAAUGACACUUCCUACAGAGAAGAAAAAACCAAUAAUGGGAGAAAAUGGUUUGUGUGAAGAGAAUGAACGUCUGCUGCGGGCAUGUAUGGGAAUAGAUGAACCCGAUAAUAAUAAUAAUAGUGAUAAUAAUAAUAAUGGUGGAAUGUCUGCAUUUACACAAGAAGAAAAGGAAGUAGACACUCUUUAUCCAUUGCAAGUCUAUCGCGCCUACGAUACCCAUGAUAAUGAUGAAGAUGUUCUUAAUCAUGAAAGUCUUCGUACAUCUCUUCCCCCAUCGUGGGUAAAGUUUGAGGAUAGUACACUUCCAACAGAACUUUCACUAAAAGUAGGUACACGUGUGAUGUUAUUACAAAAUGUUUCUUUACGUUUUGGUUUAGUAAAUGGUUCUGUAGGUGAAGUGGUGGGUUUUUUACAUCCACGUGAACUUAUUGAACUUGUUUUGCGAGCCCCGCGUGAACAUCAUGUACCUUCUGCACGUGGAUCUCUUUUACUUCAACGUGGUGGGUUUGCGACUAUUAAUGAUGCCUUUCGUUGUGUAGAUACGGCUUCUGGACAAUCUCUCUUCUUCGCUCUUCGGCAGCGGGGAUUACGAUAUAGAGAGUUGACCAACAACACCUACAGAGAUGUCUAUGGGAGAAGUCAUGUACAGAAUGUACGUCGUCUUGUAGGACUUGAUCAAAAACAACCAUCACAGGAAGAAAAUGAAGAAGAUGAUAAUGAUAAUGAUAAUAAUAAUAAUAUAGAUGAAAAUGAAAAUGAAAGUGCAUUCCGACGGAUGCGACUUCCAGUGGUACGGUUAGAUUUACAACCCCAACAUCACACCCUACGUAGAAAUCGCUAUGAUAAUAAUAAUAAUACUCAUAAUACUAUUAAUAAUAAUAAUAGUAAUAGUGGGAAAGGAGGGUUAGUGCGUCUUCCACGGCAUGUGUAUGCGUUUGUUUCUCCCAUUUCUCACCAGUGGUAUAUGGGCGAUACUGUUGUGGCCACCCGCACACAAAUUCCACUGCGGCAGGCGUGGGCGAUUACUGUACAUAAAGCCCAAGGCCUCACCAUCUCCCAUAUUGAGGUAUCUAUGCAUCGUUUCUUCUCACCUGGUCAGGCCUAUGUGGCCCUUAGUCGAAGUACGUGUUUGGAGAAUAUACGACUGAUGAACUUUAAGCACAAUAGUAUUCGUGCGUGUCCAAUUGCGAAACAGUUUCACGCAAGUUUGGAGGAAAAACAACAGGAAGAAGAGGAAGAAGAAGAA